AUGGAUUCGACUAAUUUUCAGAUAAAAAUAAAAUCGGAACCUAAUUUAGAAGGAGAGGCAACAGAUGAAGCAAAUAAUCUAUUGAGAAAUGGUAUUUUAGUAGAAACAAGCAAGGGCUUAAUUUGUAUGUCGCUAAACGAUGCUCUAUCCUUAGAUUUAAAUCUAUCUGUGGAUGAUUUGAGGAAUGUGGCUGCCAAGUUAAUAUCCCAACAGAACAUUGUAGCACACCCUGCAAAAUUAUCACACAGCCUUAACUGUGAUAGUGAUGGAUUCUCCAGCGAGUGUAGCGAUAUCAGUACUACAACAUCUGGAUCAACAGUGCAAUCUCCUUUCAAAUCACUUCCACCUUUAAUUUCUGAUAGGAUUGUCAAGUAUGAACCAGCUAGAAGUAUCAGUGAGAGUAAAAUACAGUUUACUACAGAUGAUGUCAAACCUACAGAGUUAAAAAUCGAGAUUGAUCCAAUAACUGAACCCGUAAUCACUAUAGCACCUUUAAAAAUGACCAUCGAUGUAGUCAAGCCGAAGAAAAAUAGAGGUGGGUGGCCGAAAGGAAGGAAAAGGAAACCUGAAGUUUUGAAUUUACCUCCCAAAGCACCCGCAACUGGAUAUACCUUGUAUCUAAACGAACAGAGGAAAGACUUCAAAGAUAGCAACCUAGCAUUUCACGAAAUCACUAAAGUUAUAGGAAACAAAUGGUCUAGUUUAACCCUGGAAGAGAAAAAACCAUAUUUGGAAAAGGCAGAGGAAGAUAAAAAGCGGUAUAGGGAGGAACUAAAGCAAUAUAGACAAUCCGAUGCUUAUAGGGCUUAUCUUACAAAAAAGCGAAAAAAGAGAUUGCAAAAUAAUGUGAUGUCAGAGAGCGAUAUGGAUGCUACUGACGAUUUUGAUGAGGAAGAUAAUGAAGAAUUGUACUGUCGAACGUGCGAUCAGUGGUUCCACAAUCUUCACAACAAACGCGAACAUCUUCAAGGGAAACAACACCUUCAGUCAGUGGCGGGUAACAUUACGAGGGCGCUGAACUCCGAAGCGGAAGCAGCAGCUACUACCAGUACGUUCAGUACCUCUUUAGACGAAUCUAGUUUGGACGGUAUGCCUAAUGUGAGGUUGAGCGGCAACGCCGCGGGAUCUAAUUCGGGAGGUGUCGGCGAUGCUAUGGCACAUUUGGCAAUGUUGGUUACUAAAAGAGAAAAAGAAAUAAAAACUCUCAAAAAUCGACAGCAAGAAUAUAUAUCCCAACAACAAGCGCUGUGCAACCAACUUCAUCUAUUGAACGAAAGACACAAAAAACUGCAGAGGGACAUGAUGCUACUAAAGGAAAAGGAGAAACAAACCGAAAGUAAAGUUAUGAAUCUUUGGCAGGUGCCUAGCUGGUUUAUUAUCAACAACGUCAGUAGUUCCGAUUCAGUAACUGAUUGUAAUGAAAGUACCGAAUGA